AUGUAUCCCGUAUUGUUCUGUACAUUCUUACUCUCCUUUUAUACGUCGUUCGCUAUUGCAAGACCCUUGGACCUGGACGGCAACGGUAUACCUGACUGGUGCAACUUCAACAAGGACGGGACAGCUCAUUGCUUGCGGCCUGAUGGGACAUGGACCGUGUUUCCACCUAGUGCAAGCACUGCAAGCUUGAAGCCAGUUUCGACCGUGACAGGCAUUGCCCCGACUGCAACCUUGGGAGCACCUACGACAACCGCAAGUUCUUACGCGACACCAGCAGCCUCGAAAACAACACCCGUAGCAGGGAAUUUACCCACGGGAGCGCUACCACCCUCGGGUCAACAAUGGAAAGCGGACAACGGCAGCAAAUGGCAUAUCGAGUACGUUGGAGACAUCCGCUACACGGGAGACCUGGCUACCAAGAACUUGAUGGGUGACAAGUGCCGAAGCAGCAAACUUGGAGGGAAGGUCAUCUGGAACUGCGGUGACAUGAUGUGCACCCCCGACUACACGGUCUGUGGGUUUGCCAUGGGUCCGGCAUUCUAUGGUACUGACGACGUUAUGACUAUCAAUACUGACGGCGUGACUCAUGUGAACAACAAUGACUUCCUUCAGGCAUGGGCUGGCGACGCGCAACCUCAGAAACCGCAGACCAGUUGGGGAAUGGACACAUCAAACGUGGCUGCUAUCAACGAUACCCAUGGCGUUGCGUAUGCUCGACAGAUCUGGCGAGGUGCUCCCGAUGGGUCUUUUAACGACCAAGGUAAUGUCGUGGCCGCCAUUACUCUUGGAGACACGCAACCCGUGGCUACGCGUAUGGGUCCGCUUCUGACGGGUCCCGAUGUUGUCGAGAUGGGCUUGCUCGCCAUCAUGCGCGAUGGUGACUAUAUAUACAUCUACUCCAUGGGAGGGCCUUCCAAGAUCACUGUUAGCCGCGUUCAUGCUUCUGAUGAUGUCUUCGACAGCACCAAAUACGAAUCCCUCGAGUAUGGCAGUGCCACCGAAUGGAGUGCUGGGAUACCCGGCAAAACCGACGACAAAUACGGCAUGACCACCGCCAAUCCAGGCGGCCAGUUCGGAUGUUCUGUGUAUGGAUCGGCCUUCUACAACAACUACUUGAAAAAGUAUACCAUCAUUUGCAAUGUGUACAUGAGCUUCACCAAUAUGUACACUUCUGACACUCCUUACGGACCUUGGUCCGUUGAAUACCCACUGUUGUCUGGCUGGAACGGCUACGGAAGCCAUGCUCAUCCGGAGUACUCCCCUGGCGGGUCACACAAAGAAAUAUAUUUCUCCCAGGGUCCAAACCAGAAAUUCAACAUGUUCAAGGUCACAUUUGGCUACUGA